AUGUACGCCUCCCUCCUCACAGCGAGCACCUUGCUCCCUCUGUUGGCCCUCGCCGCCCCCAUUGCCAAGCGCGACGCGGCCAGCAUCGUCACAGCCAUCAAUCAAAUCGAAACCAAUAUCAACAGCCUCAACACGACCCUCAACGGUUUCAAAGAAGGCGACGUCCUCGCCGCUGUCGAAGUUCUCGAGAUCCAACAAGAAACCGAAACUCUCGGCGAUUCGAUCUCCGCCGCAGCGGCCGCAGCAAAUGCCUCUGCACCUUUGAACGACACCGAGUCUGGUACCGUAGCGACUGCAGUCGUCGGCCUCGAGCCCCAGAUCUUCUCUCUCCUGGACAACAUUCAGCGGAAGAAACCCGCUUUCGAUUCCGCGAUACUGGGAGUCGGAAGUGUUUCUCCCCAGGUAGAGCAGGAUUUGGAGCAGCAGAAGGCAUUGUCCGCGGAGUUGGGGAAUGCUAUCACUGCCAAGUUGACGCAGACUUAUGCUGCCUUUGCUCCGGUCAUCAACCAGCAGAUUGCGGAUGCCUUUGACCAAGCCAUUGCGACGUUUGCAACUUCGGGAGGACUCUUUGCGCUGCCACCGGUGCCUUCUUUUGAUGCGUUCGAGAGUGCUGUGACGACGGCUAGUCAGGGUGAUUCGUCGAGUGGAAGUGAUGGACUGUUGGGCGGAAUUUUGUAG